UCAGCGCGUCCCGCGGACGUCAGUUCGGCGACGUUAUCUCCCGUAGACCGGCCGUCGUAGCGGACUGAGCUCCUGCCAGGGCUGCAGAGAAAGCCGGAGGAGAGAGAGUCUUGAGUGUGUUUCAGUAUUCAUCAUCUAUCUGACAUCAAUAUGUCUGUGAAAAAAAAGAGAAAAUCCACUGCAGAGGAAGUGAAUGUGAAGAAAUGUAGAAUUACAAGUUAUUGCCGGACACAAACAGCCAGUAGAAUAAUAAAUGAAGACCUGUUUUCUAGCAAAAAGUGCCUGGCUUGGUUUUACGAGUAUGCAGGUCCAGAUGAAAUUGUUGGGCCAGAAGCAAUGGAAAAAUUCUGUGAAGACAUAGGCGUAGAACCAGAAAAUAUAAUUAUGUUGGUUCUUGCUUGGAAAUUAGAGGCAGAAAAUAUGGGCUUUUUCACAAAAGAGGAGUGGUUGAAAGGAAUGACUUCUCUACAAUGUGACUGCACAGAGAAGUUACAGAGUAAAUUUGAUUACCUUCGGGCGCAACUGAACGAUAACACUGCCUUUAAGAAUAUUUACAGAUAUGCUUUUGAUUUUGCAAGGGACAAGGUCCAGCGGAGUCUGGACUUAGAUACUGCAAAAACCAUGUUGGCACUUUUACUAGGAAGAACAUGGCCAUUAUUUUCUGUGUUCUACCAGUACCUGGAGCAGUCCAAAUACAAAGUAAUGAACAAAGACCAGUGGUAUAAUGUAUUAGAAUUCAGCCGGACCGUUAAUGCCGAACUUAGUAACUAUGAUGAAGAUGGGGCCUGGCCAGUUCUUCUCGAUGAAUUUGUUGAGUGGUAUAAACAUCGUCAGUCGUUAUAGCAAGAUCUCGCCUGGAAACAAAUAUGAACUUUCAGAUGUCCCACAAGCCCUAAACAUGAAGUGUUUGAAGAAUACUCUCGUCUUUGCCGAAGCCUUCAAAGUCUUGUCCGCGCUAAUAAAAUCCACAGCAGACUGACCUUUGCUGUUGGCUUGAAUGACUUUUAUCAAGAAACGCAAUUCUGGAUUAAAAAACAAAACAUGUCUGUGUUUUCCCCGGGCUUCACACACCAACCAAGCCCUACUUUCUGUGUUUGUCUUAUUUUCCUCUCUGUUUCAUUGGCCAAAAUGUGUAUACUUAUUGGAACCAAGCAGAAUUACAAGAUAUGUUUUAU